GACUGCUCCUUUCCUCAGAUUAAGAUUGAAAGUGAUUGCCUGCAAUUGCUUAAUCUACUUUAAAAGUCUAUGGCAGUCCCCUGGAGAACAGGGAACCUAUUAAGAAACAUCUUUGCAAAUCUGUAGCCCUCUCAAAACUUUUCAAUUUCACACACUGCUACAGAAGCAAACAAAUGCUUCCAUGUUCUCCGCAAGUUAUGCUUGCAACUAUCUUACCAUCUUUCCCCCCUCCUCUUAUCUUUGGUCUCUGACCUCAGAUUCUGUUUCUGUUUAGUUCUGGUUGGCCAGCAAAAUGAAAAGGAAAAACUGAGUAUACAAAAGAAACUAACUGUACUGACAGAAGUGAAUAUUUGAAACAGUGCUUAUCCAAGAUAUAGGAAGACUACGCUCUCUUACGAGCUUUAGUUUAUCUACAAACGGACUCACUGGUUCGAUCCCUGCUUCUGUGGGUAAAUUGAGAAAUUUAGACAUUUUUUAUAUCUUCUUGCAAAUGAAUCAACUGGUUCAUUACCAAUAGGAAUCAACAAUCUUACACAUUUGAAACUGAUGUUUUUGAAUGAAAAAAAAAAAUCUGGUUAUUUUACCUCAAAAUUUUUGUCAAAGUGGAAAACUUGAACAAUUUGUGGCAUUUCAUAACCAUUCCACUGGUUCUGUACCAAGAAGCCUUAGAGAUUGCACCAGCCUUAUACAUCUCGAGCCUUCAUUUAAUGAACUGAUAGAUAAUCUAACAGUGGCAUUUAACUUGCAUCAACAUCUGAAUAGGAUUGGUCUGAUGGUCAAUAUGUUGUCUUUUGAACUCUCAACUUUCAAAAGACUGGGGACAAGCUUAUCUUUUGCAGCAACAUAAAUUGCUUAUUAUAUUUGGUGUGGCCUACGGAUACUAAUGACCUGCAGCUUAUUUUCUUCAGAAUGCAAUAACUGAGAAGAGAAUUCAAUAUUUUUCUUUGGUUCAUUAAUUUCAUUGUUUUUGUGGUGCAGGUUGGACUCAGUACAAAUGGAGCACACAGUCAGUAGAUUAUAACCCGGUCAUGUAUAUGUUAUCAUCACUCAGAAAACUAAAAUUGUUCAUCAUCUGUUAUUUGCAAAAAUGUUACAACAAGUAAACGUUGCCAUUGCUGCUCUGUUAGUUCUGGCAUUACUGUUGGUUUCAUCUUCGAAUGCAUCUGUCUUUGCUUCUCGUUCUUUUGUUUCUUUAACUUACAAUAUACAACUAGUUGAAGAAGAAGUAGAUGCUCUUUUGAAAUGGAAAUCAUCACUUAUUAACCAAAAUCAUUCUCUUCUCUCUUCUUGGAAGGUGAAUUCUACUGCGAGUACAACGAGUCCAUGCAAGUGGUAUGGAAUCAAUUGUAACAGAGAGGGAAGCGUCGAUGAAGUGAAUAUAGCUGGUUUGGGUUUACAAGGUACGCUCCAUAAAUUCAAUUUCUCAUCUUUCUCCAACUUUGUUAGUCUUGACUUGAGCAGCAAUGAACUCUUCGGAACCAUUCCAUCCCGAAUCAGUAUUCUUUCAAAACUCACCCACCUUGAUCUUUCCUUCAAUAAACUUUCUGGACAUAUUCCACCAGAAAUAGCAUCUCUCACAAGUCUGCUGUAUUUAGACCUUUCUCAAAAUCAAAUUAGUGGAUCCAUCCCUCGCGAAAUUGGCAAUUUAUAUUCUCUCACUGAUGCAAGGUUCUACAUAAAUAAUCUGAGUGGUCCGAUGCCUUCUUCUAUCUGCAAUCUGACUAACUUGACCAGUAUAUCAUUUUAUGAAAAUCAAAUCUCGGGUGUCAUUCCUCGAGAUAUCGGAAGGUUAAGUUCUCUUACCUUCUUAGAAUUGUCCACCAACAGUCUUAGUGGUUCAAUCCCUGCUUCUUUAACCAAUCUAACUAGUCUGGACACUCUUUACCUAUAUAAUAAUCAACUUUCUGGAAUCAUUCCUCGAGAUAUAGGAAGGCUACGGUCUCUUAUAGGCUCUGAUAUGUCUACAAACAAUCUCAGUGGUUCACUUCCCGCUUCAUUAACCAAUUUGAUUAGACUAGACGAUCUUUCCCUUAACCAAAAUCAACUUUCUGGUAUCAUUCCUCGAGAUAUAGGAAGGCUACGCUUUCUUACCACCUUUGAUUUGUCCAGAAACAAUAUCAAUGGUUCAAUCCCUACUUCUAUAUGCCGCUUGGCCAGCCUCGCAUGGUUAUCAGUUUAUGGAAAUCAACUGACUGGCACCAUCCCUCGAGAUAUUGGAAGGUUAAGGUCUCUUACCAUCUUACAGUUGUUCCAAAACCAACUUACUGGUUCAAUCCCUGCUUCGGUGGGUAAUUUGAGAAAUUUGACUCGUCUGUCUCUUUUUCAAAAUCAAUUAACUGGUUCACUACCAAUAAAAAUCAACAAUCUGACACAGUUGAAAGUAUUGGAUUUUGCUGAGAAUAAGCUUUCUGGUUAUUUACCUCAACAUGUAUGUCAAAGCGGAGUGCUGCAAGAAUUUUUGGCAGGUUAUAACUACUUCACGGGUUCCAUACCAAGAAGUCUUAGAAAUUGCACUAGUUUAAGAGUACUCGGAGUUGAAAACAAUAAUCUGUUAGAUAAUAUAACCGAGGCGUUUCACGUGUAUCCACAUCUAUUUAGAUUAAAUGUGGCUUUCAAUAUGUUCUAUGGUGAACUCUCAAAAAACUGGGGGGAUUGUCAGAAUUUAACAGCCAUAUCUUUCACAUGGAACAAUAUCAGUGGCAAAAUACCAUCUGAAAUUGGAAAGUUGAAGAGUUUAAGUGCACUAUAUCUUACUUCCAAUAAUUUAGUAGGGGAAAUUCCUGAGGAGUUGUUCAAAUUGUCUUCAUUGAUCUAUUUGAGUGUGUGUAAUAACCAACUCUCAGGUAAGUUGUCUUCUGCGGUUGGAAUGUUAUCCAGCCUGCAAGAUCUCGACUUAUCGAGAAAUAUGUUCAGUGGACCAAUACCCAAACAAUUAGGAGAGUGUUCAAAGUUACUAUCUUUGAAUUUGAACUCAAACAAUUUCAAUGGAAAUAUCCCACCCCAGAUAGGAAACUUGGAUUCAUUACAGAUUUUGUUAGAUCUUAGUUACAAUGAGCUGAGUGGAGAGUUACCGUCAGCUCUCGGAAAAUUAAGCAAACUGAUAAAUCUCAAUGUAUCUCAUAACAAGCUUUUUGGCUCAAUUCCAUCUUCAUUUGAUCAAAUGCUUAGCUUGACCACUGUCAAUAUUUCCUACAAUCAACUGAAUGGUCCUCUUCCAAACAUCAAGGCCUUUAAGGAUGCUUCCAUUGAUGCUUUCAAGAACAACAAAGGGUUAUGUAGUAACAACUUUAGAGGUUUAAAACCUUGUAAUUCUCCAGUUGUUAUUGGGAAAAAAGAGCCCAAGCAUAAUAAACUCGUGCUAAUAAUCCUGCUUCCUUUGUUUGGUUCGCUGUUUCUUUUAUUCAUACUCCUCGCCAUUCUGUUUCGCCUUCGACAAAUAUCAGUAAGAAAUAUGGCACUUGGAAAUCAACCUGGAGUUACCAAUACCGGAAGAAAUUUGUUUUCAAUUUGUAAUUAUGAUGGGAGAAUAGUGUUCGAAGACAUAAUUGAAGCAACUGAGGAUUUUAAUGCUAAAUACUGCAUUGGAACAGGAGGAUAUGGGAGUGUUUACAAAGCAGGGCUGUCAACAGGUCAGGUUGUUGCUGUGAAGAAACUUCACGUGUCAGGUGAAGAUUCCGAGAUAUUCGAUAUCAAGUCAUUUGAAAGUGAAAUUCACGCACUGACAGAAAUCCGACACCGGAACAUCGUGAAACUUUUCGGUUUCUGCUGUAAUCUUGAAAGGAAAAUCUCAUUUUUGGUUUAUGAGUUCGUAGAGAGGGGAAGUUUGAAAAAUGUUUUAUGCGACGGGGAACAAGCAGUGGGGUUCGACUGGAUAAAGAGGUUAAGAUUCAUAAGGGGAACAGCUAAUGCACUUGCUUACAUGCACCACGAUUGCGUUCCAGCAAUAGUUCACAGGGACAUAUCUAGCAACAAUAUUUUGUUGGAUUCUGAAUAUGAAGCUCAUGUUUCUGAUUUUGGUACAGCGAGAAUUUUGAAGCCAGAUUCAUCCAACUGGACUUCACUUGCAGGAACUUACGGAUAUGUGGCUCCAGAGCUUGCAUUUACAUUGAAGGUCACCGAGAAGUGCGAUGUUUAUAGCUUUGGGGUGAUCAUAUUAGAAGUACUAAUGGGAAGGCAUCCAUCUGAAAUCAUCAAAUUACUCUCCCAGAUACUUCAUUCGUCUUUGUCUUCGAGUAACGUGGGGCAAAACAUAAGGUUGGGAGAUAUCUUAGACCAACGCAUUGGAGCACCGCCUGCUGCUGUUCAGAAUGAAAUAAUGUGUACUGUGAAAGUUGGAUUUUCAUGUUUGCAUGCUAAUCCCCUUACUCGGCCAACUAUGGAAGAAGUAUCAGCGGAGCUAUCACGGUCAGCGCAGAACAACACAUCUUUGCCCAAGUCCUUUGAAACUAUUACUUUAGCGUACCUACUCAUGUUGUAAUAAGGAUUCGUUUUGUGUCGCACUAGUACAGUGAUAUAUUUUGAGCUACAACUUCGAUUGUUCUAUUUGUUGUGUAUGUGAAGGAAGAA